UCUAUCUAUCUAUCUAUCUAUCUAUCUAUCUAUCUAUCUAUCUAUCUAUCUAUCUAUCUAUCCUCUAUCCAUUCAUCUAUUUAUCAUCUCUAUUUGUAUCUGUGUAUCUGCCUCUUGCUUGCCUAUCUCUCUAUCUAUCCCACUAUUUAUCAUCUCUAUUUCUUUAUCUCUCUCUCCCUCGCUUUUAUCAUCUAUCCAUUCGUCUAUUUAUCAUCUUUCUUUACAUUUAUAUGUGUCUACCUCUUUCUUGCCUCGUUCUCUCUUCUCUCUCUCUCUCCCUCCCUCUCUCUCUAUAUAUAUAUACUAUAUAUUUAUAUCUUCAACUGUCUAUCCAUCUGUCCAUUCCUCUAUUUAUCAUCACUCUCUCUCCCUCCCUCCUUUCCCCCCUCUUCCCCCCUCCUUUCUUUAUGAUUCAGGUCCAGCUGAAGCUCUGAACUGAUUCCAAAGCAGAACUUUCUCCCCCCAUCCAAAAAAAAGGGGAAAAAAAUUAAGGAUUGGCCAGGGAAGCUCAGCCGUUCUAUUCCAUUCCAAUUCUGACUCAAUGUUUUUCCUCUGCGCUCCCCCCACCCCGGCUUCCAAUCCAGCUUCCCUCGGCAUGUCCGGCCCCACUUGGCUGCCCCCAAAGCAAGUGGGGGUCGUGGCCCAGCCGGAGGUGACCGCAUCUGCUCCAGCCGUCUGCAAGGUCCAGAAGAGUUUUGCCUCCAUCCCUGCCGCCCCCAGACCCGCCCACCAAACUCCGGAGACCAAUGGGGCGAUGAGCUCAGUGUGGGGGCCUUCCCGGGACAAGCCCCCUCCUCCAGGCGCCACCAUGUAUCCUCAGGACUCUCCUACAGACUCCCCUUACUCCUCCGUAAGCGAGCGAGGGUCCCGGGGAUCCUGGGAUAGCGCUACGCCUCCCAGCUACACCCUGCAGGAGGGAGAAUCGCCGGAGCAGCUACGGGGUUUCCACCCCACCAACCUCGACGUCCAGAUAGAUUCACUCACCACCAUGUUAGCCGAUAUGGAGAGCGGCCAGCAGCGCCGGGCCGAACGAGUGAACGCAGAAUCCGUGGCGUAUCCACCUCUGCAGCCUGGCGCCCCCAAACCCAGCCCGGCCUCGGCUACCUACAAGCCCAACGUUUCGGGGGGCUUCGUGCCCCCCAAGCCGGAUGUCAAGACCCUGCCCUAUGGAGGCCCACCAACCUCUGGAGCCCCUUACCCAGCCGCCCCAGUGCUGCCCUGCCAGUACAGCUCACCCGGCUUGGGGGAUGUCUACGGAUACCACCGUGCCCCCUUGGUACCCAAGCCGUACCCCCAGCCGAUGCCCGCCUCGUACGCCACCGCAUCCUCUUCAGCUGGACCCCCGUUUAACGUCCAGGUGAAAGUGGCCAAACCGGUGGUGGGCUACAACCAGCCCAGGCGCAGGGCCGAGCCGGCCUACGGACCCCCCUCCCUCCAGCUAGGAUAUGGGGUGAAGCCUCCCCCGCAAUACGCCUGCGAACCGGGCUCCCGUGCCCGCCCUCACGAGUCUGAGUCUUGGUAUCCGGAGCCUUCCUCCUAUGGCCAGCGGCUGGGCGAUGGGGAAUUCUACGCCGGCCCUGCAGGGCAGGGCAGGGCGGGAAUGCCGGCGGGCCAGUUCCAGUCUGGAUUGGCGAAAGCUGGGAAGGACGAGUUGACGGCACCCGUGGUUCCUGCCAGCAGUGGGGGGCUUAGGUUCCCCCAUCAGCCCCCCUCGUGCCGCCCGGAAGAGGAGCUGGACCGACUCACCAAGAAGCUGAUGUACGAUUUGAACAAUCCUCCCACCGCAGAAUAUUUCGGCCGCUGCGCUCAGUGCGGAGAGAACGUGGUGGGCGACGGGACGGGCUGCGUGGCCAUGGAUCAGGUCUUCCACGUCGAGUGCUUCACCUGUGCUACCUGCCGCUGCCGCCUGCGUGGACAGCCGUUCUAUGCCAUCGACCGCCGGUCGUACUGUGAAUCCUGCUAUAUUGUGACCCUGGAGAAAUGUUCCAUGUGCUCCAAGCCCAUCAUGGACCGGAUCCUGCGGGCCAUGGGCAAAGCUUACCACCCGCAGUGCUUCACCUGCGUGGUUUGCCACCGCUGCCUCGACGGGAUCGCCUUCACCGUGGACGCCACCAGCCAGAUCCACUGCAUCGAAGAUUUCCACCGGAAAUUUGCCCCCCGAUGUUCCGUGUGUGGAGAGGCCAUCAUGCCCGAACCGGGUCAGGAGGAGACGGUGCGGAUCGUAGCCCUGGACCGCAGCUUUCACAUCGGCUGCUACAAGUGCGAGGACUGUGGGUUCCUCUUGUCUUCUGAAGGGGAGGGCCGCGGCUGCUACCCCCUCGACGGCCAUAUUCUCUGCAAGAACUGCAGUGCGAGGCGGAUCCAAGACCUCUCCUCCGAUAUCACGACCGACUGCUGAUGGGGGGUGGGUGGAGGUCCCCCAACCUGAGGGGAGGGUGGAGGCUUUGUGGGGCUGCUCGACUUUGCAGGCACCCCUUUCUCUGGGUGCAAAGCGCUGGUUGCUGUAUUGCAGUGUGGGUUAAACAUGGCGCCUCGAAGAGGGGUGGACUUCAACUCCCAGAAUUCCCCAGCCAGCUGGGGAAUUCUGGGAGUUGAAGUCCACCCCUCUUCGAGGCGCCAUGUUUAUCCCACACUGCUCUAAAUUGCUUCUUGUUCUGUCAUUUCAUCAGCUUCCCAACUUGGGGGAGGGCAUCGAAAGGCCCUCAGCUCUGCAAGGACCCCCCAAAACAGAUUUCCGUCCAUCUUCCAGUCUUGUCCCAGCUGCGACAGACUACAAAUCCCAUCAUCUUCCCAACCCAGCAGGGCUGUUGUUCUGUGUUUCAAGGGUGGCGCUUCUUCGCUCCCCGAAUGUAUUUGAAUUGACUCCCGCACCCAUAUGCCUUGAAAACUCCCCUAACCCAUAAGCUGGUCUUAUCUGGAUAAUUUGGGGCUGGGGGCUAUUUCCUCUCUCCCCCCCCCCUUUUUUUCUCCUGGGAUGCUAUGUGAGCACAAAUACUUUCUCUGUUGAACUUUCGCCUGUUCUCUGUUAUGGAGCAAAAGUUCUGUUUUUUGAGAUUUGAAUUUUGAGAUUUGAAUUAAAAGAGGUGCCUCUU